UGGUCAUCUGUUAGCCAGACCCCUGUCCUGACAGGUGAGAGCACCUUGAAUUGUUGACAGCCUUUCUGACAUGGACAGCCAGGGGAGGAAAGUGGUGGUCUGUGACAAUGGGACAGGGUUUGUUAAGUGUGGUUUUGCUGGAUCCAACUUCCCAGACCACAUCUUCCCUGCGAUGGUGGGUCGACCAAUGAUACGAUCAAACAACAAAGUGGGCGACAUCGAGAUAAAGGACCUGAUGGUGGGGGAAGAGGCCAGCGAGUGUCGCUCCAUGCUGGAGGUGUCCUACCCCAUGGAGAACGGCAUUGUGCGCUGUUGGGAAGACAUGCUGUACCUGUGGGACUACACCUUUGGCCCUAACCGUCUGAACAUCAACCCAUCAGACUGCAAGAUCUUGCUGACCGAGCCCCCCAUGAACCCAACCAAGAACCGUGAGAAAAUUGCAGAGGUCAUGUUUGAGAAGUACCAGUUCUAUGGCAUCUAUGUGGCGAUUCAGGCUGUGCUCACUCUGUACGCUCAAGGUUUGCUCACUGGUGUGGUCGUUGAUUCGGGGGAUGGCGUCACCCACAUCUGUCCAGUGUAUGAAGGCUUUUCUUUACCGCACCUCACUCGUAGGCUGGACAUCGCAGGACGUGACAUCACACGCUACCUCAUUAAGCUCCUGCUGCUCCGCGGUUAUGCCUUCAACCACACUGCUGACUUUGAAACCGUGCGUAUGCUGAAGGAGAAGCUGUGCUAUGUGGGAUACAACAUCGAGCAGGAGCAGCGCCUGGCCACAGAAACCACCUACCUGGUGGAAUCAUUUACGCUCCCUGAUGGCCGACAGGUGAGUGUGGGUGGAGAGAGGUUCGGGGCUCCUGAAGCCCUCUUCCAGCCUCACCUUAUCAACGUGGAGGGAGUAGGAGUGGCCGAGUUGCUGUUCAACACCAUCCAGGCUGCAGACAUUGACCUCAGGGCAGACUUCUAUAAGCACAUUGUGCUGUCUGGAGGGACCACCAUGUACCCCGGCCUUCCAUCCAGACUGGAGAGAGAGCUCAAGCAGCUGUAUCUGGAGAGAGUGCUGAAUGGAGACACUGACAAGCUAUCAAAGUUCAAGAUCCGAAUUGAGGACCCUCCCAGCCGUAAACACAUGGUGUUCCAGGGUGGCGCCGUGUUGGCCAACAUCAUGAAGGACAAGGACUCCUUCUGGCUGAGCAGGGCGGAGUACCAGGAGAAAGGCCUGAGUGUGCUGCAAAAACUGGGAGGGGGAGUCAGAUAAAAAUAACAACAAAUAAAAACAACAUCCCCCAAAUAGUUGAAAUAUUUGCAUACCGUGCACUCCUCCUCGACUGCUCAACCAGCUGAUAGAAGCUUUGAUAAUCAAUGAAUCAUUGAUCCAGCAAACAUGCACGUGGCUCCAGCUUGUCACAUGUAAGGGUUUGCUGCUUCUGUGUGUUUUAUAACAUAGUAAACUGAACAUCUUUGGACUAUUGUGGAUUCAGAGAAACUGUAGAACUGGUAUUUUCCCACUUCCAUAUUCUGACCUUAUACAGACUAAAUGACUUGAUUGCACAAGAAGCAGAUACCUGCGACUUACAGACUGAGACAUUUGACACAUAUAAUUGGUUAAAUUGGGUCUCAGUUCAAUCUCAGGCAAAGCUCACAUGACUGAGCAGUGACAAGACGUGAAUAAAAUGUUCCAUAAAUAUCCAGUGAGAGUGAAAAUAAUUUGUUACCGUCAGUCACUGAGGCAGGAAUUUAAGACCAAAUCUAACCCCUUAUUGUGGCUUGGACAAUACAAUUAAAUACAUUUGAUCAUACAUGAAAAAUAGUUUGUCUUUUAUGUGUUAAUAGCUGAAAUAAAAACCAGUGUCCACACAUCUGAAAUAAAUAACACAACUGAAGGAUGUAGUGGCAGAGUGGCAAACAGUAAAGAGUGAAACGGUGGUUUUAGUAUUUGCUGCCCUCUGCUGGUUGAGUUAGGUUAAAACAUCUGACAACAUUCACAAUCCCACUACAGAAACUAGAUGCAACAACAUAGUGAACAGAUAUUGCAAUUUUUUAUUGCGAUACUUGAGUUACCUGACAAAAUUUACACUGAAAAGAAAACGGGGAGCUCUCAUAAUACACACGCGCGCACGCAACACACACACACACACGCACACAGACCACAUUCGCAGAACCGUCACGUUAAAUGAAAAAGCAUGCAAUAACGUUCAAAGCACAUCAUAGUUCUCAAAAUGAACCUCCUUAGCUGAUUAAAAAGUCCAGAUAUGUUGAAAAUCCAUAGGUUUGAUAUCUACCCAACAAAUUGAACAAUUAAAAGUUAGCUUUAAAUACACAACAUGAUCAUUGAUAAUGACACUGAGUUGAACAGUCAGUUGAUUGUGAUGACUUGCAGCAGCCACCAGAAGCUGGUGUCAUUUACAUUCUACCAGUCACUGUGAGGACCUGGUUUACUGGUCAGAUUGUCCUCCCGGUCCAGGUUGGAACGCAGUGUGAUUUUACAGUACAGCCAAGAAAAACAGUGGAAUUCAAAAGCAGAGGAUCGAAACAUGAAAUGAAUGAAGUUCUGAAAGGAUUCAACUCUGACACAGAAAAAAAAUAUAUUAAUACAUUCGCAAGUCAUUCAGUGAAUCUGUUACAGGUUGCCUCAGUGUGUCAAGGUGAUUUUUUUUUUCUUUCUCACAUGGUUUAAAAACUGAGCUCAUGCUUUUCUAUCACUUCCCUCCUACACACCCAUUACUUCACCUGCCAAAACCACUUAAUAGAAUACACAACCAAGGAGGAGAAUGUGCUUUUUCUCAAAAAGUAUAAAUAAAAUGGUCUCUGUGGGUGGUUCUA